AUGAGUAAAGUCUAUGAUUGGUUCGAAGAACGUCUGGAGAUUCAGGCGAUUGCGGAUGAUAUAACUAGUAAAUAUGUUCCUCCCCACGUCAAUCUAUUUUAUUGUUUAGGGGGAAUUACGCUUACUUGUUUUUUAGUACAAGUAGCUACCGGGUUUGCUAUGACUUUUUACUAUCGUCCGACCGUUACUGAGGCUUUUGCUUCUGUUCAAUACAUAAUGACUGAAGCUAACUUUGGCUGGUUAAUCCGAUCAGUUCAUCGAUGGUCGGCAAGUAUGAUGGUCCUAAUGAUGAUCCUGCAUGUAUUUCGUGUGUAUCUCACCGGCGGAUUUAAAAAACCUCGUGAAUUGACUUGGGUUACAGGUGUGGUUCUGGCUGUAUUGACCGCAUCUUUUGGCGUAACUGGUUAUUCCUUACCUCGGGACCAAAUUGGUUAUUGGGCAGUGAAAAUUGUAACAGGUGUACCCGAAGCUAUUCCUGUAAUAGGAUCGCCUUUGGUAGAAUUAUUGCGCGGGAGCGCUAGUGUGGGACAAUCUACUUUGACUCGUUUUUAUAGUUUACACACUUUUGUAUUGCCGCUUCUUACUGCCGUAUUUAUGUUAAUGCACUUUCCAAUGAUACGUAAACAAGGUAUUUCUGGGCCUUUGUAG